GGAAAUAAGACUAUGAGAAUAGAAUAAAUGUAAACAGAUACUGUGCUGUACUGGACACUAUUGGACAUUAGAGCAGGAGGGAAUCCAAUUCUCAAUGUAGAUUCAGCUAAUAGUGAAGGGAGAAAUUAAUAAGAGUAGUAUUCAUGUAAAAAGCCAUUUGGCAAGAGGUACAUAACGUACAAGGGUAAAACCUAAAUGACUGGAUGAAAUAGAGGGGAAAGAUUGAAGGAAAGGGAAGGUACACUCCGAACAAAACUCAUCGGGUGAAGAAGCAAUUUUUAAAAUCGCAAGAGGCAGUUAAAAUGCAAUAGCCGAGUGUGGAAAAUAAACUAGAAGCAAUCGUUAGUCUUCUUUGCAUUAACGAAAUUUGGCUCCAAAGUGGAUGAGGAAGGAAAAUUGGCAUUCGCUCAUUUUUGGUUUAAAACUUAUUGCGACUCAUAUCAAAAAAGUAUUUACUGUACAAGGUAACCAGGUUUGUCAUCUCGGGCUCUGCUCAGAAAGCAGGAGCAGAGGGAUGUUUCUCCAGAUUGUCCAAUAACCAAACAGCUCCAGGUCUCCCCACAUACCUCCUCAACCACACACGGUGUGAAAGAAGCGUCAACUCUAAGGAGUUCGCACAAAGAAACUGUCAAACCAAAUUUACAGGUUGGAGAAUCCGCUGAGGAAGACUCGGAAAAGCGGAAGGAAACGAUCCGAGUUCGGGAAAAACGUGAACAGGAUUCAGGUCAAAGUGCAUUUAACGAACGAAGGAGAUUCUGAGCAAGAAACUUUCCCUUCCUUUCCAAAAUCGUUAUCCUUUUUUUUAAUAGGACUGAUAUUUUUGUAAAAGCAUUCCACUGAUGGCAAACUUCCUAAAAUACUUCACCACCGUGGGCGAUGAUUACCAAAAGUGGCAAGAGGAGGACAGCCAUGAUGAUCUAACAGAUGCUAAUGAAGAAAACCUUCCAUCUGGAUUAUCUUUCAGGGAUGCUCUCAAAUGGUUAUUUAAUUCAAACAAUUUUCAGAUUGCAGUUGUGUGUUUAGUCAUUCUGGAUGCAUUGUUUGUGCUGUGUGAAUUGCUCAUGGAUUUAGCAGUCAUUGAAGCGGACAAAGAGAAAAUAGCACCUCAGGUAUUUCACUACCUGAGUAUUGCUAUUUUGACUUUCUUUAUAUUGGAACUAAUUGGUAAAUUAUAUGCCUUCCGAAUGGAAUUUUUCUGGCACAAGUUUGAGGUCCUGGAUGCAAUAAUUGUUAUUGUAUCUUUCAUUCUUGAUAUUGUCUACAUCUCCCGCGAAGAUGCCUUUGAUGGCGUGGGCUUACUUAUUCUGCUACGACUGUGGAGAGUGGCAAGAAUAAUAAAUGGAAUCUUGAUGACUGUGAAGUCACGUGCAGUAAAGAAAGAAACUGAGCUCAAACAUGCAAAUGCCCACCUCACCCGGAGAAUUGGUGAGCUCCAGAAUGAGUGCACGCAACUGACACAAGAAGUUGAGAGACUACAUAGAUUGCUCCAGGAACACAGCAUAAACUAUCAGACCAACUAAAAUUGUUUUCUACAUCAGUUUGAAUGAAACCUGAAUAUAGAAUGACACUUGAAAUAAUUUUUGUAAACACUCUACCUAAGUUUUUCCAUAGCUUUUCUUGUGUACAUCAGAAGAUAAUGGUGUACAUUUUUCUAACAAUUAUGUGAGACCAAAGAAUGAUAGUUAAGCUUUCUUCCCAUAAUUCAAGUGUUUUUAAAUAAAAAGGCGAGUUGUU